AUGACAGAAAGGCAAGCUCUCAUGCCAACAAAACCGAAGGUCACUCCAUCUCUUGCGUUUGCAACGUUGGUGGCUUGCUUCGGAUCGAUCCAAUAUGGAUACCAUAUGGCAGAACUCAACGCACCUGGACAAGUUCUCUCGUGCUCUGAAUUUAUUAAUCCUUGGCCCGAAACACAGUAUCGCAACACCUGGCUCGGCAGUCACGGCUUCAAACAGUGCAUCAAAAUAUCAGAGCAACAAAUAGGCCUGGCAACGUCUAUUUUCUCGAUCGGUGGACUGGUGGGCUCUCUGUAUGCAGGAAGACUGGCAGAUCGGUACGGUCGCAAACGUUACAGCUUCACCAACUGUAUUGUGGGGAUCGUGGGCUCUUUGAUCUUGUUCCGUGCCAACACAUAUGCACAGCUCGUGUGGGGUCGCUUGAUCGUGGGCAUGUGUUGUGGAAGUUCUAUCGUGGUCACCCCGCUGUUUAUCAAUGAGAUCUCACCCAAGGAGCUACGUGGCUCUUUGGGAUCCAUGAAUCAAGUGUGCAUCAAUGUUGGAAUCUUACUCACGCAAUUUCUGGCGCUUAUUUUUGCAGAUUCUUUCCGUUGGAGAUGGCUCAUGCUUGCAGGGGCCCUUCUCGCACUGGUGAACUUGUUCCUGCUUUUUAAAGUGGACGAAUCUCCGCUAUGGCUGGCGUCCCAGGGCGACAUCGACGGCGCGGAAAGCGUCCUCCAGAGUUUGCGAGGCGGAGACUUACACCGGUCUCGCGAUGAGGUGGAGGAGUGGCUAACUGCGCGUGGCUCCUCCAGAGGCGGCAGUUACUACGCGGUUAUGAGAGAUGCAAGUCCUGCAAACGCACCGGCCUCGCAACAGUCGUCGCUCAGGUCUUCAGAAGCGUUCAACGCAGAUUUAUCGUUGCUGAAAUAUUUCACAGACCCACGCUACAGCAAGUCUCGUUGGGCAGUUACUGCGAUUUUGGUGAGCCAGCAAUUUUGCGGGAUCAAUUCCAUUAUAUUUUACGGGGUGAAGGUGAUUAGCGGGCAAUUACCACAGUAUGCCCUCGCGGUCAAUUUCGUCAUCUCCAUUGUGAACGUUGUUGCGACCUUUGGGGCCUCUUUUCUGGUAGACCACUGGGGCCGCAAACCACUGCUGAUUUGCUCUGCAGCAGCGAUGUCUGUGGCCACUACAUUUGUAUCUGGAGGUAUCGUUGCCGACAACGCUGGCGUGUUGGUGACCUUCACCAUCAUCUACGUGGCCGUUUUCGCACUCGGGCUGGGUCCAAUCCCAUUUCUGGUGAUUUCUGAGCUUUCUCCACCCGACGCAAGCGGCAUUGCACAAAGCUACGGCACCACUUGCAACUGGAUUGCGACCUUCAUAGUUGGCUACGGGUUCCCGUCGCUCCAUCAAUGGCUGCAGGGCUACGUUUUUUUGGUCUUUGCCGUCUAUGCUGCUGGGUUUGCAACGUACGUGUGGUAUAAAAUCCCCGAAACCAAAGGAAAACAUGGAGCAGAUCUUAGAUGGAGAGAAUAG